AUGACUAGGGUCAUCACCCUCGUCGCCGUCUUCUUCUUCUUAUUAUUUGCGGGGCUUAUCAUCUUUCACGGAAGUCGUAGGUCCAAUCCGAAUCGACUAGCAUCAUCGUCAUCAUUUGCGGAGCAGGGGAAUUGGAACGACGAGUCCUGUGUUUAUACAUUAGAGUCAUCUCUUGGCGUCAAUGUUAGGAACGUGAAACCUGAGAAGCAGCCAAGAGCGGCCUCACUAUCUUCUGGGCCCUUUUCUCUUCUCAGCUGCAACGAUACGCCUUCGGAGUCAACAUUCAAAGGGGCGACUACUUCGGAGUCAACUCCAGGACGACCACGAGUUCUAUGUCGUUGA